CCCUCGUCAUGGCCAGGUUCAUCGUCGGCGAUGAACUGGGAAACUUGAAGACUCUCCGUUUUGCAUUGGGACAGGAGGGGGACGCUCCUCAACUUAAAACUAUCCAUCAAGGGUCUGUAGAAGGCUCUACGCGAGCCGUACAGGUCCUCGCCGUGAAUACGGCGGAUAAUGAGACUAUAACUGCAACGGGAUACUCUGAUGGGUCUGCGGCACUCUACUCGAUAGGGGAGGAUGAUGAAGUUGAGGCUCUGUCCGAAUGGAAGGAAACUCGCUUCAAGCAGCGCUAUGUCGGACUGGGGCUGCUUGGGUCCUCGAAAUCAGUGCUGUCUUGUACUGCAAACGGUGCCUUGCGGCGCACCCGCGCGGCGGAAGGUCAGGUCGAAGCAGAUAUCGCAGCUCUGCCAACGCGCCUCUGCGACUGGAAACUGGCCCCCAACGGCGAUGCUUUUGCGUACGGAGGCGACGAGGUUGAGGUCUCUGUGUGGGACACGGAGAAAGCCUUCACCGCUCCGCCAGUCGUCGUUUCCAAGCCCGCGCCGCCGGCAGGCAAGAAGCGCAAGCGCAACGAUGUCCUCCUUCCUGGCGAGAUAUGGCGGGCUAAAAAUGUUGCAAACGACAACCUUGGCUUGCGGCAACCCGUACACAACACGUCUUUGACGUUUAUCUCGUCAACAAGCACAUCUGCUCACGAUAUCGUGGCUGGCACCCAGUACGGGCACGUACGUCGGUACGACACGAGGGCAGCGAGGAAGCCCGUAGCGGAUUGGGAUAACGUCGUCAAAAUCGGGGGCGUGAGGGCCGUACAGAAGGGACUGAACGAGCACGAACUAUUUGUCAGCGAUGCGGGCUGUAAUCUCAUGUCUCUUGACUUGCGAAAUGGGCAUGUUGCCUACAGCUACAAGGGGAUCGCUGGUGCUGUGGUUUCGAUGGCUCCUGCACCUUCAUUGCUAGUCAGCGCUGCACUGGAUCGAUUGGUGCGGAUACAUAGUACCUUCUCGCCGCAACUCGGACAGCAAGACCGCAAGGGCGAGGUCCUGCAAAAGGUCUUCAGCAAGAGCGUCCCCACUGUCGUUGCCUGGGAUCAGCGCGCUGUACAGCCGCAGACUGCUCUAAAAGAUGCUGAGGAGGCAGAGGAGAAGGAAGAGACGGAUAGAUUAUGGGAGGAGAUGGAGGACGCGGACGACGAGACUUCUGCUAGGAAGAAGCAGCGUAAAUAGACCCGUUGUACGCUGUAUCGAUGUGCUCCUUUCGCUCGCUGGCAGUACGGCUUUCGACUGUCUGGAUGUCCAAGUUCAAC